AUGCCACGCCCGACAACUCGAGAGGAGGUCCUCGGGAGACUCCGCAAGACUGUAGCUGAUGGCUCCAUCAUCGUCGGUGCUGGUGCUGGCAUUGGACUCUCCGCAAAGGCCGUUGAAGCUGGCGGCUGCGACCUGAUCCUAGUCUACAACUCUGGCAGAUUCCGCAUGGCCGGUCGAGGCUCCCUCGCUGGGCUGAUGCCCUACUCAGAUGCAAACCAAGUCGUCGUGGAAAUGAUACGUCUACAAUCAUAUGCCAGCGAAGUCCUCCCGGUCGUCGAGAACACACCCGUCCUCGCAGGCGUCUGCGGUACCGAUCCAUUCCGCUCAAUGCCCGCUUUCCUCGAAGAGCUGAAGAAACUCGGUUUUGUCGGCGUGCAGAACUUCCCGACGGUCGGCCUGAUCGACGGCCAGUUCCGGGCGAACCUCGAGGAGACGGGGAUGGGGUAUGAUCUUGAAGUGGAGAUGAUCGCAACGGCGCAUAAGCUGGGGCUUGUAACAACGCCGUACGUCUUCAAUAAGGAGGAUGCGGUCAAGAUGGCUCGCGCCGGGGCAGAUGUAGUCGUUGCUCACGCUGGAUUGACGACGUCCGGCUCGAUCGGGGCGCGGAGUGGCCGGUCCUUGGAUGACUGCGUUGGAUUUGUACAGGAGAUUCGCGAUGCGGCAGCCGGUGUUAACCCGGAUAUCCUGGUGCUAUGCCAUGGUGGGCCAAUUGCGCGCCCCAAGGAUGCGGAGUUUGUGCUAUCGCGGACGGUUGGGGUGCAUGGGUUCUUCGGCGCAAGUAGUAUGGAGCGGCUGCCGGUGGAGAUCGCGAUCAAAGAGAACGCGGAAGAAUUUAAACGAUUGAAGGUGCGGUUGCAGUAG